UUCCCUUGAGAUCCAAGACUCCAACUCUUUCUUUUAAUAAGAUUGUUGAUCUUAGUAUUUUUCUUUUUGGGUAUUUGCAAAAGAGAUAGCUAUUUUGCAAUUUACCAUACAUAUACUGCGUAUUUUAUAACUAUUGGUAAAGAGAACUAUCCUAUUCUUCUCUCAUCAAUGGUUAUAAACACAGACUGCACAUCACUUUCUAUUCUACAGAAAGCAUAACAGACACUUACAGAUGUUUUUAUUUCCUGCAGAAGAAGACACUGAGGAGACAGAAUGCAAAUGGCAUCUCAAAGCAAAGUUUCAGCAUUUGCAAGGAGAGCCACAGCAAGAGCAGCAGCGAUACACUGCAUACAGAGUUGGCUGUCGUGAUGGAGGUGGGAUGCAGAAAGCCAUAAUAGCUAGAGCUAUGAUUAUUGCCAUGACAAUUCUGGUGAGAUCUAAACCUCCAUCAUCAGAUUCUGCGCAACAGAACUUCCCCAUUUGCUCAACACUGCUGCCUCAAGUCUUCCUCUGAGCUUCGGUUGUUAGAUUGAAGAAGUAUAAAAUAUACAAGCUGAAGCUUGGCAUUAAUAAAGACACAACCUCAUACAAGAGCAAAAACACAAUUUUAGAAACUUUUUGCACCUUAGCUUACAUGACUUCUACAACAGGUACAAUUAUGUAUGAAAAAUGAACUAGCUUGUCGCAUCAAGCUGUUCACCACGGACUAAAUUAAUAAUUUUGUAAAUGAGAUUUACAAGAAGCAUGUAGAUUUCAACUCAUACAAUGGCU